UCAAGCCGUCCAGCGGUUCCGAUAGGCCGUCCGCGGCGGCGGGCGGCCACGGGGGUUUGAGCGAGGGCGUUCGUGGCCGAGUCGGCGGCGGGGCCGCCGCCAUGGCGGCCACAUGCCUCCGGCGCGCGGCGGCGGCGGCCGCCGCCACCGCCGCAAGCGCCUCGUCCGCGGGCGGCAGCUGCUUCGUGCUCCUCGAGGAGAAGGACGCGGAGCCCCCGAUCAGCGACGCCGAGGUGGCGCGCAUGUGGCGGCGCUUCGCGCAGAACCUCAAUUUCAACGGCACCGGGGCGGUGAUCGCGUCUCCUGGCGUCACCCCGGCGCUCCCGGGCAGCCUGAGGUAUGAGGGUUACGCCUUCGACUGGAUGCGCGACGGGGCGCUCAGCAUGCUGGCGCUCCAGCAUCUGGCGAGCUCGGAGCUGCCCGGCCUGGACCUCGGGGGGCGGGCGCCCGUGGCGGACUUCGCGCGCGGGGCGCUGCGCGCGUACGCUAGGUGGGUUCGCAGGACGCAGGGCAGCAGCGCCGUGGACGCGAAGGUGGAGCCGAAGUGGAGAAUAGACGCCGGCGAGCCGUGGGCAGGCGGCUGGUGCCGGCCGCAGUCCGACGGCCCUGCCCUGCGCGCGCAAGCCCUGGCGAGGUUCGCGAGGGGCCUCGCGGAGCCCGAGGAACGCCCCUUCCUCUGGAACCUGAUCAAGAGCGACUUGGACUGGGUCGCCUCUCCGGACAGCGUUGCGCUCGAGUCCUGCGACCUUUGGGAGGAGACGACGGACAGCAACUUCCUCUGGAAUCGCGCCAUGAUGCGCAGCGCCCUGCUGGAGGGGCAGUCGCUCGCCACGAGGAUGGGCGACGCCAGCCGUGCGCAGGCCUACCUGGAGGCGGCGGAGCGGAUCAUCGGCGACCCGCUGUCGGACCACGUCAUGGAGGAGGCCGACGGCGGCUUCAUCACGGAGUGCCCUGCCAGCGGCGGGGGCAGCUCGUGCCGGGACUACGAGAAGGGCGUCGACGGCGCCGCCAUCCUGAGCCUGGUGCACGGGGUGCCCCUGGCGCCGCGCACGUCCGCGGCGGUGGCACGGACGGUGUCCGAGUACAACCGGGUCUUCUGCGGGGCCUACCCCGUCAACGCCGAGGACUCGCAGCAGGGUGUCCCGGGAGUGCUGUACGGGCGCUACGCCAAGGACGAGUACGGCGGUGGCAACCCCUGGGUACUCAUCACGGCGGCGUUGGCGUCGUUGUUCUACCAGGCCGCGCUGGAGGUCCGAGAUGGCCACCCGCUCAGCAUGGAAGAGGUCGUGGCGUGGCGGGACGCUGUGGGCAGCGCCGCCUUCGCAGGCUCGGCGGAAGAGUUCCUGGCUGCUGGCGACUCCGUACUUCACAGGCUGCGGCACCACAUCCGCCCAGCGGACGACUGGCACCUGUACGAGCAGAUUGACAAGGUGACGGGGCUGCAGUACAACGCGCGGGACCUCACCUGGAGCUACGCCGAGCUGCUCGAGGCGAUGGUUCGCAGGCGUCGAGUGGUCGCCAGGCACCACUGGCUGCGAGGCGGCCAGGGCUGGGCGGAUGGGCUCGUCGGGCCCCUGGCCCCGCGCCGCGGCCUCGUCUCCUCGGACGCUGCUGGCGAGAGGUACGGCGAGGCGGCGUUUGCGCCCGCCUCUGGCAGGCUGCUCGGCCCGGGGCAGCUCGCGGCCGCUGGAGCCAUCGCGUGCCUGACCGCCGCGGCCGUGGUGGGCGCCUACGGGGCCUGCCAGAGGAGCCCCCGCACGUGGACGUGGGCGGGGCCAUGGGCUCCCCCGGACGACGGCCAGGCAUCGCGGGGCGGCCCCGGGCUGCUGGAGCUCUCGCCGGUGCGGAGGCCUUGAUGUUCUGGCAUGCUCUUUCCGAGCUCACCUUUUAGCGGUGACCGCCCGCAUAAGUGUUGAUGAUUGUCAGCAGGAGCUUCAGCUCUGUAGGGUACUCUUGGUGCAAAGAUUUUGGCACCCUGAAGCUCCACCCGCCGAAGUGGGCUAGUGGAGGGAGCACUUCAGUCUGACGAAUGAGCGCUGCAAGACGAAGCGCGGAAUUCAUGGUAGUGUUGUGGGGACGGCCAAUUCGAUCA